AUUCUCAGAAGCAGCCGGAGUGACAGGACAUACAAGAUAUUUAGCAAAGUGAUUCGAUAGAUCAACAAGAGGGACAUACAAGAUACAAGUGGCAAUCAAUCUAUUCCGGAGGAAUCCUCUUGGCUUCCUGCUGUCUGCUGCUGCGGCCUCUUCUUCUUCUUCUUCUUCUGCUGCUGCUGCUAAUAAAAGCAGACGAGACCCGAGCGAGCGAGACCCGAGCGGGCGGGAGAUGAAUACGACGAGCUCCAUGUCGGAGCACAACCUCAUCAUCGAGAGCGACGACGACGACCACCAAUCCAACGCCGCCGCCAACGCCACCCGUGAUGAUUCACCAGGCUCCGACUUGGACUCCGACUCCGACUCCUCCUCGUCCUGCGCCACCCCACGCCCACGCGGCCCCACCCCCUCCUCCUCCUACACCCAACAAUGGCCGCAGAGCUACAGGCAAUCAAUUGACAUUUUUAGUACCGUGCAGUCACCCAAUCUGAGUUUCUUAGGGACUCCAACUCUAAGCAGAUUGUCCAAUUCUUUCCUCACCAACUCUUUUCGGGGCAAAACCCCUGAAAUCAACUCUAAUCUUGUCAAGCCACUUCUGCGCCCCACUACAAGUGAUGAGCAGCAGCAACAUGAAGAUAUCCGAAAGAGUUCCCAAUACCUUCUGCCCUCAAGAAAACCCUCUUUGCAACAGAUCCCUGAGGAUCAAAAGCCAUUGGUAGUUGGUCAAGAGAUCUCUCCUUAUCAAAAAUGCUCUUACACCCAGGCAGUGAUGAACGGAAUAAAUGUACUAUGUGGUGUGGGAAUCCUAUCAACACCUUAUGCCGUUAAACAAGGGGGUUGGCUUGGACUGGUGAUACUCUGUUUAUUUGCUCUGCUAGCAUGGUAUACUGGUCUGCUCCUGCGCAGUUGCCUGGACAGCAAGGAGGAACUUGAGACAUACCCAGAUAUUGGCCAUGCCGCCUUUGGCACCACCGGCCGUAUAGUCAUCUCGAUAAUCCUGUAUGUGGAAUUGUACGCCUGUUGCAUCGAGUAUUUGAUAUUGGAGAGCGACAAUUUAUCAAAACUAUUCCCCAAUGCACACCUUACAAUUGGGAGCUUGACACUGAACUCUCAUGUAUUUUUCGCAGUCUUGACUACCAUCAUAGUCAUGCCGACCACUUGGCUCCGUGACCUUAGCUGUCUGAGCUAUCUUUCAGCUGGAGGUGUCAUUGCAUCGAUCCUUGUAGUCAUCUGCCUGUUCUGGGUUGGGGUUGUUGACAAUGUCGGCUUUGAGAACAAAGGGACCGCGCUGAACCUCCCAGGAAUACCUAUUGCAAUUGGAUUGUAUGGUUAUUGCUACUCAGGGCAUGGGGUGUUUCCGAACAUCUAUUCUUCCCUGAAGAAUCGCAACCAGUUCCCUGCAAUUCUUUUUACUUGCUUUGGUCUGUCUACCAUUUUGUUUGCCGGUGCUGCGGUGAUGGGAUACAAAAUGUUUGGUGAAGCGACAGAGUCUCAGUUCACACUCAAUUUACCAGAGAAUUUAGUGGUUUCAAAGGUCGCUGUUUGGACUACGGUGGCAAAUCCAAUAACCAAAUAUGCAUUAACCAUAAUCCCGCUGGCUAUGAGUUUGGAGGAGUUGCUGCCACCAAAUCAACAGAAGUACUGGAACAUAAUCAUGCUUAGAUCAGCACUGGUGGUGUCAACCCUCCUCAUUGCUCUAUCUGUACCCUUCUUUGGACUUGUGAUGGCCUUGGUUGGUUCUUUGCUCACCAUGCUUGUGACCUAUAUUCUACCAUGCGCGUGCUUUUUGGCAAUCCUUAAGAAAAAAGUGACUUGGUAUCAGAUUGCAGCUUGCUCAUUCAUCAUCGUGGUCGGAAUUUGCUGCGCGUGCGUGGGGACAUACUCAUCACUGGCCAGGAUAAUCCAGAGCUACACCUGAGUGGACAUAUAUAAUACAGCUGUUCCUGAAAUCCUACAUAUACAGCUCCCCGUCGAUAUUAUGUGUGCAAUAUUAGGCAAACAUCCGUUGAUUUGUAUAAUUUGAUUUGUGGCACGUCAAAGCUUGCAUGUUAAUGGAUCAACAGUAUGUAAUAAGGCUUCGAGGUUGUGUCAUGCAUAAAUAACAAUAUUUCUUUUUUGGUGCAAAAAAAAUUGAUUUAGUGUU